UAUAACAGACAUGGCUGAUAAAAUCAAGUCUUUUUUUCAAAAAAAGAAGACGAAUUCAAAAUUUGUGAAAGCAGGAAAGGGAUACAAAUUAACGGAUUCUACCAGUACUAUAUGUUCUUCAACAGAGCCUAAAGAACCAAUAAGGAGGGCGGAGCCUACAGAGGAAGCUAAAAUAGCAGGUCAAGCUGCUCUAGCAAGAUUAGAAGCAAAGAAAAAUGACAAACCAAGAUUUAAUACAUCAUAUGCUGCCAUUCAAGCACGUGUUAAACGUGAAUUGGAAUUAGAAAGAAAAGCAGCACAGCAGCAGAGUUUACAACAGACAGAAGAUACAGUGACAUUAAAAGAGAAGAAAAUUGUAGAUCCUUCUAUUUUUGCAGUUACUGAUGUGUUCUUCCGUUGCCCAUAUCUAUCUGAUGAAAUCUUGUCGCGGGAUGAGUGGAAAAAGAAAAUACGAGAAUUUCUAUAUGAACAGUUAAUGGGAGAAGAAGCAGGAUUAACAGCAUGUCUAAUUAUUCAAAGUUGCAAUUUCGGAAAAGAGAAGAUCGAAAGUUGUGUAGAAACACUCGGCAAAUAUUUGGACAAUAUUAUUAACAAUCCGAACGUUGAGAAAUAUUGGAAAAUUAGAAUGUGUAACAAAAUAUUCCAAGAAAAGGUUUUGCCUAUUGAAGGAGCAUUAGAUUUCUUAAAAGCAGCUGGUUUUGAACAGCAAAAAUUACUGCAUAAUGAAAACGAAGAAGACUUCUUAGUAUGGAGUCCUGAUAAUUGUAACAUUGAAAAUCUCACGAUGUUAAAUGAAGCAUUAAGAUCUGCUGAACAAGUAUUAAUGCCUAGUCAAGCUCGUAUGAGAAAUGAAUUACCACCCAGCUUCUUCACGAUAACUCCAGAAGAAAUAAAAAAAGAACAACAGCUACGGACGGAAGCCAUAGAAAGAAACCAAAUGCUAAGAACAAAGGCUAUGAGGGAGAAAGAUGAGCAGCGUGUACUUAGAAGAUAUAAAUUUGCCGUACUUCGGAUUAAAUUUCCAGACGGAAUAAUAUUGCAAGGUACUUUCUCGGUACACGAAAAGUUCCAGAAUGUAACCGAGUUUGUUGCCGAAAACUUAGUUGAUGAUAAAGUGCCCUUUUUGCUGAUAACACCAGAUGGAAUUAAGCUAAUAGAAGAAUGUCAUGGAAAGACACUCCUAGAAUUACGAUUAAUUCCUACAGCUAUAGUGGAAUUCUCCUGGAACGUAACCGACAAAGAAAGUAUGCCUAAGAGAUAUUUGAAAGAAGAUGUGCUUUCUUAUAUACAAACAGUUUGAAAAUAAUAUAUUCU